AUGGCGCCGCAGUUCACGACGCAAAUCGGCGGGUCCAUGACCUUCUCCGCCAGUCUGAGUGCGUCCAUGAUCGCGACCUCCAACGUGGCUGGCAGUCGGAACUACCGUCCUCUAGUGCCCGACAUUCCAGCCGCCUCCACCCCGCACGGACCCCCCGCCCCCCUCAUUCUCUCAGUGGCAGAAGCCGACGCCCUCGAGGACCUCGCCGACUUCGUCAUGAAGGAGACUUUGAGCGAGUAUCUGCACUUCCGAGACAUCCGAAAGCGUCGACUCCACGAUGAGCAGUGGAAGGAGGUGCGGCGGCAGGACAACCUCGUGGCUUUCAAGGAGCGCGAGUCGUGGCGUCAAGAUCAUCAGUCGCUGCGUACACCCGACAAUUACAUGGAACCGGUCAUCUGCAAGACGUCGGUGCCCACUUUGCUGGUCCUCGGGGCCCUUCAGGGGACGCUGGACGACGAAAUGUACGGCAUGCACAUCGACGGCGACAACGCGGCGAGAUUGCGGUCGUCGUAUAUCCACGACCAAGUGAAUGAUUUUCGAGUACUCUCGAAGAUCCGAGGGGCGACGAAGGAGGACCCAUUUCGGUUCUGCGGGGUCACGUGGGCGGAUUUGGGGAACUCGGGGUAUGGGCCUUUCGCCAAGAAGCGCGACUAUUGUGUCGUGACGUCCAUGGGUGCGACGGAGACGGCUCGAGGGGAACGGGUUGGAUACUACGUCGUGCACUCGGUGGACGUGAGCUCGAAUGGUCCCAUGGGCAGGACCACGCAGCUCGGACUUGGAACCGGAGGAAAUUCCAGUGCGACCACCAAAUACACGCGCGCGAAAGGGUCCAUGUGCUGGCUCAAGUGUGAACUGCCGAAUGGAGGCGUGGAGCUCUAUAUGCAAGGCUUCUUCGCCCCCAUGGGCAGCGUUCCUGAGUUUGCAGUGGUGAAUGCAGCUCUUCAUGCGGCGUUGGGACUCGCCCAGACGAGUGAUACGUCGUACUCGAAAAAGAUCCGUUGGAUGCUGCACGACUCGUUGGUCUGCCUCUCGUGCCGGACGAAACGAAAGGUGACGGUGGACGUGGCGGCCGACAACGUGGUCCAGCAGACGCGCUGCAGCAUUUGCUUCGUGUGCAUGGGCUUCGCCAAGCAGACGAACGCCGCGGUGUUUGCCGCCAGGGAGAUGGCCCAGGCACGCGCGCGCAGCAACCGAGCGCUCAGCGCGGAGACGGCCGAGUAUAUUCUAUGA